GCGGGGGAACGGUUUGACCGGGACACAGGGCCUCGAGGAGGCUGCCGCGAUGCUCCCGUCUUUGCAGGAAUCGCUGGAUGGGGAUGAAAAGGAGCUAGAGAGCAGCGAGGAGGGUGGCUCUGCGGAGGAGCGGAGACUCGAGCUGCCACCCAGCAGCCACUACUGCCUCUACAGCUACCGCGGAAGCAGAUUGACGCAGCAUCGAGGGGAUAGUGAUGAUGGACGGUCAAGUGGCACAAAUGCAGAAACUCCCUCUGGUGAUGAUUUCAGCCUCUCCCUGGUGGAGACUAACCUACCGUCUGAAGUGGAGCCUGAGCUACGCAGUUUCAUUGCUAAGCGUCUUUCCAAGGGAGCGUUCUUUGAAGGGCUGGGUAAUGUUGCAUCUGUAGAGCUGAGAACUCCAGGUUACCGAGUUGGUUGUUAUUACUGCCUUUUCCAACAGGAAAAACUGCCUUCUGAGAUAGCAGCAGUGGAAUCUGAAUAUAACCCUUCCGAGUAUGUGGUCUGCUUCUUAGGAGGCUCUGAAAAAGGACUGGAGCUUUUCAGGCUUGAAUUGGACAAGUAUAUUCAAGGGCUGAAAAGUAACAUGACUUGUGAGGGAAGGAACCUGGGGAAUGAUGUCAAGUCCUAUCUGAACAGCUGGUAUGAGGAUGUGGUGUGUCCGAUCCAAAGGGUGGUUCUUCUCUUUCAGGAGAAACUGACCUUUCUGCUACAUGCCGCUCUAAGUUAUACUCCUGUUGAACUUAAAGAAUCAGAUGAAAAGACAAAGAGAGACAUUAACAGGUUUCUGAGUGUGGCCAGUCUCCAAGGACUUAUUCAUGAAGGCACUAUGACCUCUUUAUGCAUGGCCAUGACGGAGGGGCAGUGUAAGUCUGUGAUCAUUGACUGUAGCGGGCCCCAGCCUCAGUUCCACAAUGCAGGAAGCAACCGUUUUUGUGAGGACUGGAUGCAGGCUUUCUUACAUGGUGCUGAAGCGGGUAACCCUUUUCUUUUCAGACAAGUUCUGGAGAACUUUAAACUAAAGGCCAUACAAGACACAAACAAUUUGAAGAGAUUUAUCCGACAGGCAGAGAUGAAUCAUUAUGCUUUGUUUAAAUGUUACAUGUUCCUUAAGAACUGUGGCAGUGGAGAUAUCCUUUUGAAGAUUGUUAAAGUGGAACAUGAAGAAAUGCCUGAAGCUAAAAGCGUGGUGGCUGUCCUUGAAGAAUUCAUGGGUGAAGUGCUUGUCUGAAGUUUUGACCCUGUGUUGAGGACACUGAUGGUGUGUAUUGAGGGUGCAUGUGUGGAACUGUAGUUGUCAUCAAUUAUAGGAUUACACUGCUCUUAAGAUGACUGGAAACACCGCAGGUUCUUCCUUUUGUACAUUUUUUUUGGGGUAAUUUAAUUAAACACAAAAAAUAUGAGGAAUAUCUUCACUGAGUCCGAGGCAAGUGCUGUGUUACAGCUGUGGAAUGUUGCUGCAUUGCUAGUCUCAUAAAUCCUAAGCUUCAAACACAUGCUGCCUAAAAAGCUCUGGUGGUGAUUUUUGGCUUCUCAGGAGCUUACUGUAGUAUUAGCAGGCGUUCCUCCUCAAAAAGAAACAUAGUAACUCUUUCUCAGUAGAUGGUAGAAUUUUUUGAAAUAUGUGAUCCUAGUGGGAUGUGAUGACACAUAUCUAUAAUCCCAGCUACUCAGGAGAUUGAGACAGGAGGUUCUCAGUUUCCAAGGUUCCAGGCCAGCCUGAGCUACAAAGUAAGUUUGUGUCCAACUUGGGCCACGUGGUAGUCAUCAUCAUCCUGGUCUUACAGCACCAACAUAGCCCUUCAGAGACAAGCUGUUCAUCCUGUGGGUGCCAGAUAUACAUCUGUGGUUGGCAUGAAUGAGGAAGCCACCUUUUAAAGCCAAUGUGCAAAUAAAUCAUGAGUGCAUAAGAAUUUAAAAAUGAGCUUUAGGGGCUGGAGAGAUGGCUCAGAGGUUAAGAGCACCGGUUGCUCUCCCAGAGGUCCUGAGUUCAACUCCCAGCAACCACAUGGUGGCUCAUGACCAUCUAUAAUGAGAUCACAUGCAGGCAGAUCACUGUAUACAUAAUAAAUAAAUCUUUUAAAAAAUAAAAAUGAACUUUAUAUAUAGAUGCUUUUGAGCUGGCAAGAUGGCUGAGAAGGUUAAGAAGCCUGCCACCCAGUCUGACAAAGUAAGUUAGGGCCUCAGGGCUCACACAGUGGGAGAGAACCAACUCCCUCAAUUCCCUCUGACUACACACAUACAUGCACACACUAAAGAAAUAAGAAUCGGUGUCCUGGAGAGGUGGCCAGGUGGUUAAGAGACUGUCCUCCUGGGGAGGAGCGAGGUUCAGGAGUAACCAUGUGUAACCUCAAUUCCAGGGGAUUUAACACCCUGUUUGGACCCCCUUGAGCAUUAGGCACACAUGUAGUAUACAGACAUACAUGCGGGCAACACACACACAUAAAAUAAAAUCUAAGACCAAAAAAAGAAAAGAAAGAAAUGCCUGUACUAGCUUCCAUAUGAAACAUUCUCUGUGAUGAAGAGCUAUUGUGAGAUGGUGCAUGUCCGUGAUCCCAGCCACCUGGGGGCAGAGGCAGCCGGACAUCUGGGAGUUCGAGGCCAGCCAGGUCCACAAGUGAGUCCAGGACAGCCAAGGCCACCCAAAGAGAUCCUGUCUCCAAAAAAAUAAAAACAAACAACAACAACAAAAGCCAUUGUGGAAACCGCCACAUCAUUUACAGGUAUUAAUUUGCCAGGAGCCUGUAUUUUCUUCCUUAUUUUUAGGUGAAAAGUCUGGAGUUCUUAAACAGUAUUAAGAAAAAUAGAGUAAAUAUAGGAAAUACCAUUUACAAACAAAUGUAAGAAUGCAAACUAAAGGCCAGAUAUGGUGAUUCUUGUCUUUGACUGCAACCCUCCACAUGCCAGAGGCAGUUGCAGCUCCCUGAGUUCAGGGCCAGCUGAUUUACUGAUUUACAUAACAACUUUGACGAUAGCCAGAGCUACAGAGCUAUAUACCCUGUCUCAAUAAAUAAGUAAAUAAAGAAUAUUUUAAAAAUUAAAAAAUGCAAACAAAAUUUUCCCAUCACAGUAGCUCAUUGAUUUUAGUUUUUUAUGCCUGUGUUACAGCCUCAGAUGGUUUUGCCCUGAAUCAAUUGUGAGUGCCCUUGGGUAGCCUUUCCUAACCCCCAUGGAUGCCAGCUGCAACCAUACACCUAGCUGUUCUGCAUAGCGCUUUAAUAAAUCCACUUGAUAAUGAUUUUGGUUUAGAAAAUCAACAGCCUUGUGUUCUCCCUGCUUUCAGGAUGCUCAAAGGAACACAAGUCUGCAAAACCAAGGAACUCUUAACUGCUUGUAAACGCUGCUGAGUUCUAACAGUGGCCUUCUGCCUUCCCUUCUCCAUAAGUCAGUCUAGGGACAUGAAUCACCGUGUCCUUUCUUUCCCUUUAAUGAGAAAUACAAUUCAAGAUCUUCAUAAAUGCUUUCAUAUGCUUUAAAGUUUAAUAACUUGGAUUAUAGGCAGUAUAGAAAAGAAUCUAAGUGGCAUUUUUAUAGCCAUGUGACUAUGGCACUCAGUUUGAAUCUUUUCCUAAUGCACUUGGUUCCCACUUGGAAAUCAUUUUGUAAAAAUGAGCAACAUUGGAACAUCAACAUCUGGAGUCUAUAAAACAAUGAUCUUUUCAAAUUCACAAGAGUCCUUGGCAAAUGGCAUCUAAAAAUAAAUGUAGGGGCUAGAGAAAUAACUCAGUGCAAAGUCCUUGCCACUUGCCAUGCAAGCAUGAGGACCUGAGUUUGGUCCUCAGAACCUACUCCAAAGCCAAGUGUAGUAGCGAGCGCUGUAAUGCCAGCCCUGGUGAGGCAGAGACAGUUCCUUCUUCCCAGCCUAGCUGACUUGGUAAGCUUUAGGCCAGCCAGGGGCCUUAUCUGACCAAGGAACAAACACUGGGCCAGAGAGAUAGCUCGGUGGUUAAAGGCCCUGGUCUCAGGUCUGAUGGCCUGAGUUCUAGCCAGAGCCUGUGUGAUGGUGGAAGGAGAGCCCACUCCCGAAAGCUGCUCUUUGACCUCUGCACAUUCAUCCCUCAAAGCUAAGUAAUUAAUUCAUUAUCCAACAGGAAAACAGAAAGGUAGAUGGCUUCUGAGGAUUGAUACCCUAGGGUUGACCUCUCACCUUUGUGUUUGUUUACACAAACAUACGUAGAAAACAAUAAUAAAAAUAAAAGCAAAUGCAAGCUAGGCAGUGCUGAUACAUGCCUUUAAUCCCAUCACUUAGGGGGCAGAAGUGGGCAGAUCUCUGCGUUGGAGGUCAGCCUGGUCUACAGAGUGAGUUCCAGGACAGCCAGGGCUACGCAGAUAUACUCUUUUGUCUUGAAAAACCAGUAACAAUAGUAAUAGUAAUAAAAUAAAAAUAAAAGCAAACACGUUGAAUCAUUUGGAUAUAGGCAAAGCAUAGCUAUAGUCUUUAUUUCUAGGUACUUUCUUUGUUACAUAGGGCCACAACUGUUAUGGCACUUUUGUUUUCCCGAGACAGGGCUUCUCUGUGUAGCCUUGGCUGUCCUAGACUCCCUUUGUAGACAAGGCUGGCCUUGAGCUCACAGAGAUCACCUGCCUCUGCCUCCCUGAGGACUGGGAUUACAGGUGUGUGCCACCAUGCCCUGCUGUAUAUAGUAGUCUUAUGUUUAAAAAGAAUCUUUGACAAAUUCUGUACGACUAUUAAAGAUAAGAAAAAAAGAUGUCAUGGAAUUAUUUUGUUGGUCCUAAGAAACAGCUUAAACCUGUACUGUAUUCAAAUUUUAAUAAGUAAAUGUAUUAAAUUUUAAAGGUUUAAAAAUGUUUGUUCAGACAUUGAAUAAACUUGUACUUGUGUGCAAUA